AUGCCGAAGAAGAGACUCCAUUUCAAACAAUAUUCCAAACCGCAGUCAACUGCUCCAGCUUCAUUGAGCUCCACCGCUGCGGGCGCCGGCAGCCACAAUGGUGAAUCAGAAAGCCGUGGUGUCAAUCAGCUGCUCGCUGAAAUGCGCCGUUUCGGUGUGAACAGUAAUAGUAAUGCUCAAGGUGCAUUAGAUGUUCGGCCGACGGUGCCACCGGUCAUCCGGGACAUUUUACAGCUACCCGAGACACCGGCGCCUAGGCCGCGUCCGGGUCGGGGCCGGGGUGGACCCCGUGUGGAUGCCGCCGGUAGAAGGCUGCCUCCCGGUCCGGCCCCGCCACAGAGCUGGCUGAAUCGGCCGGCACACGGAAUAGUUUCCACAGUGCCUCGUCAGUCCGACUCGGACGAACGUCGACUAGACCAACACAUGCUGCCUGAGCUGUACCUUCCGGCCAGAGGUAGUCUGAUCGACUUGACUCUCCGGCAGUUCGCACACAGCUGGGAUUUUCAACGAGAGUAUUGUCACUACUAUAUUUACCAUCUACCUACACAUCUCCGCGAAGCAUUAGUGGCCUACCUCAGCAUUUGGAGAGACCCCGGCCACGUAACUCUCGCAGACCUCAAAGCCAUUCUCCUCCCUCCACAAAAGCAAGAAGGCGACGAAGAUGAGGACGUCGAGCUGCUAGAGGAUGAAUACCUCGACCCCAGCAUCGCAAACAAAGACUUCCGCCACCUCGACCUCUCCCACUCCAUCGGAACCUCCCUCUCCCUCCGCGAACUCACCGACCUGCUAUUCCCUCCCAAACCCGCCGCCACCAAAACCAUCACCGCCGCGUCCCUCCACACCGCCGAACUAAAAGAAUCAUGGGAAGACUCAGCCGACGAAGAAGAUGAACACCAACCCGAAACCCCCUCCAUCCCCCGCCCCCUCCUCCCCAACCUAACGCACCUCUCCCUCUCCCUCCCUCCCAACCCUUUUGCGUCUUCCACGUUCACCUCCCCCCAUACCACCCCUACGGGUAACCACCCCUUACCCUCCUGGCGCCACCUCCUAUCCUUCGCCUCCCACCACCCCACCCUCACCCACCUCUCCCUCGCCAACUGGCCCGAACCCUCUCUCACCCCCAACGCCAAAUACGCUUCCUUCGUCACCGACCAGGGGAGGAGGGUGCAAUACGGCGGUACGGGUCCCUAUAGUCACUCGCUGGAUAAUGAUUGGUCGGAGGCUAUUUUGGUGUUGAGAAGACUGAGCAGGGCUUGGUAUAGGCUUGAGUGGUUAGACCUAAGAGGGUGUGGGGGGUGGUGGGAGGCAUUGUGGGGGGUUAGUAGGGGGCCGAUGGGGGAUUUGGACCAGGAUGGUGUAGAGACUCAUGGAGAAGGGGGAGAAGUAGGGGAUAGAGUGGAUUGGAGGGUGGAUUGGGGGAAGGUAGAGACUGUUGUGCUUGGUCUUGAGGAGGAGAGGGGGAAGUUUCCGGUGGAUGGGGUGGAGGAGGUGGUCGAAAAGGGGAAGAGGUUGGAGAGACAUGUCCGGGGGGUGAGGAAGGGGAGGGGGAGGUGGUUUGCUGUUUGUUGA